AUGAUCGGCGACAAUCCUGCAGCCGACAUACGAGGCGCCAAUGCUGCGGAGGGCCCAUGGAGAUCGAUCCUGGUGCGCACCGGUGUUUAUCAGGGGCCCUCCCACUUCACUGGCGAUGCCGCCGAGGUGACGACGUAUGUCUUGACGUCAUGA